AAGACCAAUUAUGUUUCCUGACAAUGAAGAACACAUAACUGAAUAUAUUCAAAUCAAGUUAAAUAAUAAGCAAAAUACUCUUCUUGACAAAGAACGUCGAGAAUUUCUUAAACAGUAUAAAUUUGUUCUCGAUAAAGAUAAUAAUAUUAUUGAUGAAGCUA